GGAAUUUCCGGGUGUGGAGUCACCGCGUUAUACGUGUUUGACAGCUUGGGCAUUGAUAUCUUCGUCAAUGGUGGAUUCUCUGCACAAUUAUUGCUGUCCUUCUGAACGUUGAUGGUGAAGAUAAAAUCAUGACUUCUGGAAUAAAGAUCAUCUGACAUUAAAACCAUUCGGGGUGUGAAGUCAUUAACACAUUGUCCAUGCCUACCUGACCUACCGGAGAAGCAAAAUGGCUGAGAGGGGAGAACGGAGUGACACGGUGAGGGAUGCAGAGAAGAGGACAGAAAGUAUCACUGGGACAAGUUUGAAAGAUGCCUUUAAGGUUCUUUCUGCCGCCUCACAAGAGAAAUUACAGAGUCUCACUUUAAAAAGGAGCAGCAGGGAGGCUGAGAUACUGGUGCAGGCAAUGUCUCUGAUUACGCUGAGGAAGGGACAAGACGCACUGGAUAAACUCGCAGCCCUGGGCGGCAGUGGCGUGGCAAAAUACCUGGCUGAACAGGUAACGGCAUGUCGGGGUCAACUGGAACACUUCAGAAUAGACGAGCAGGCCAAGCUGGAGGCUCGCACCGACACUUUAGCCGAGCUGGCUAGGAUUUUUCAGGUUCUAGCAGAGGGGAGACUGUGUAGCGAAUCGCUGAGAGACAGAGCCUACGGAGUUGCUCUCGGGGCGUACAGAAGUAUGAACUCAAAUGUCGAAGGGAGGGAGAACAGGCAGCUGGAGCAACUGAUGGAAGAGGCCACCAUGAUUUGUGGGCCUGAAUUCAUUACUCAGGAAGAUGGUCAGUUUUCAUGGGGUAAAACACUACAAUCUUGCUCACCCAAAACAUCUACUCAUAGGGGACAGCACAAAAAGACCUCAGCCAUACCUAUACAAGGUAGCCAGUGUGGUCCAUUAGUACCAACAGUUGAGCACAGUUCCCCAACCUCCCUGCGAAGCAGUUCUUCUAACGAGACGUCUUUCCCCAGUCACCUAGAGGUCAGUGCAUCCCCCACUGCUGUAUUUGAUUCAAACAGAAUGAGCCGCGCCAUGCAGGACUUGACGUUGACACCAUCACAUAUGGAGGAUGUUUCCCCUAAUCAAUCACUGCCUCUUUUUGAAGUAGUGUCACAGAAUAAUCCUGCUGACGAAUGCAUAAAGAGAACAGCAAUACUUCAUUCCCCAUAUAAUAAGAAAGUGUGUGAUUUUGUGGAAGUAACAGAGAAAUCUGAAAACAAUGGCACUAUGACAUCCAGGAUUACAAAUGCAAAAUCUAAGUUUAAUGGGGGAAGUCCUUCAAAGAAACCUACUGAAGUCCUAUUGUCUGUCACAACUGCCCUCACUGAGAACAAUAAACCCGGAUCUGCAACUCCAGGAAAUGUCACUAACAUUUCAAGGACCACGUCACCCCCACUAAACAGCAAAGAUCCAGAAGAACAGAAAGAGGAUGAGGUAGAGGACGAAGUCCAGUUUUUCUCUUUUGUGAUCUUGCAUGCCCCAGAGGACAUGGAAACGGCUGAGAGGCUGCAGGAAAAACUGAAAAGUUUAGGCAUUGGUGAGGGAUCCACCUUUAGCCAGGACUUUUUAGUUCCUGGGAAAACUAAGUUGAGAUGUAUUGAGGAUGCCAUUGAUAACUCAGCUUUUUCCAUCCUUCUACUUUCACGCAACUUCAACAACCAGCUGCAGGAGAUCCAGACUAAUGCUGCUCUCAUGAAUUCCAUUGAGAAUGUGCACAAAUACAACUCUGUCAUUCCCCUCUUUCCUAGCAAGAAUCGUCUACCUACGGAGGACAUGCCCAAGUGCCUGAAGAUAUUUGUAGCACUAGAAGAGAGUAGCCGGUCCUUUGAUAGGAUGGCGAGGAUGGCGAUGGCACCAGAAAGGAUCAAGAAGCAGAAGGAACUAUGGCGCCAAGACCAGUAUAUUAGAUUACAGCAAAAAAGGAAGCUGAGACUGAAGGAAGAGAUUAAAAAAAGCAAAGUUCUGUCAAAUCAAGAAAUGGAAAUCUCUCAGCUAGAGAAGGAGCAGAGGCAGCUGUACAUGAAAAUGCGACAGCAGAAUCAAACACUGCAAUAUUAUGAUACACCUGGGCCUAUUUCGAAACCACCACAGCACUUAAUCGAUAUGGACAGGCAGCCCAGUAUCCUUAUUAGUAAUGCAAAGUAUAUCAUGAUUGGGGAUAACUCCCAGAUGACUGUAGACGUGAGUUCUGAUACAGACGAUAAUGUGCCAGGGGACAUGGAGGAAUGACAUAACUAAAGGAUUUUUCAAAGUCACACUACCGAGAAUUAAGAUAAGAACAAGACCAUUAAAAACAAACUGCUGUAUAUGUCACUAAACCAGGCGUUAUGAGGAAACCUUAUACACGUUUUUGUUAAUGAUGAACAAGUGCCAAAAAGCAGGUGUUGACGUUAUUCUAUUCCCGUGUAAGUUCUCUAACAGAAGGGAAGGUGCGUGGAAUCUCUCUUUAGGGUUGCUAUGGAUGUAAUGCCACUUUCAUGAAAUGUCACUGAUGGCUGCCUCAUUACUGUAUUUUUUAGAAUAUAUGCUUUGUUAAUGUAUCUCAACCAACUGUCUUAAAAUACCACACAUUGAAUUUUUAAUCUGUAUUUACCUAUUAGGAUUCUCUGGGCAGUGGUGGCUUAAUGGUUUAAAUCCCUGACCAGCAAGGCACCACUGAGGUACCCUGAGCAAGGUAUCCCCCCCCCCCAAGCACUGCUCCCAGGUGCUGAAUUAGCUCCCGCCUGCUAUGUCAUAUAUGGGUUAAAUGCAGAGGACACAUUUUGCUGUGGUGUGUCAACAUUGACAAUCGAUCACUAAAAUCUGUCAUAUAUUUUGUGAUCAUUUAUACCAAUGCAUUGGCAGGUUUUGUCUGAUCUGUCAAUAAUACAAUAAUAUACAGAUGAUCACAGUAUAAAAAGACGGAGAAAUGCAUGAUGAUGAAUCUGAAAAUGUGACAGUGAAAAUGAAUUUGAACUUGUACAAUACAAUGUCAUGUUUUUUUUAUGAAUUCAAGAUCAUUUAGGAAAUGUGACAUUUUAAAGAGCACACUAACUCAUUUAAUAUCUGCAGGAAAUAAAGCAUAACUUUGCAUGACAUUACUGUGUAGAAAUUCCAAAAAGCAUUUAUUCUACAUUUACUAUAUUAGUUCAGGUGUGUUGGGAGCUGGAGGGAAUGAAAAUGAGGACUGUCUGCAGGUCCCCGAGGACUGGGUGAGAAAUACUUUUCUAUGGUGUUCAUGCAGGAUUACAGGGCAGAGGAGUAUCUGUUUAUAUGACCCCAUAAAUAAAGAAUUCGCCAAACA